AUGAGCGGCACCAGCUUGCUGACAGGCACCAAGAGCACAAUUAAGGAGCUCAAUGCCCAUGGCGCUCCCUUUGUUCUGGGCGGCGUCCGGCCGGGCGGCAUCCGCACAGAGGAUCGCACCGAGGUGCCUCACAAGGACGAGAACUCAUCCAUGAUCGCCUUUCCGGGCUUGAACGUGGACCGUCAAGUGGUGCGUGGAAGCUGCGGCUUGAUGGAUGAGACCCAGCCCUAUGGCCCCAACUUCCUCUUCAAGGAUUGGUUCCUCGUCGUCGACAAAAGGCCGGAAGAGAUGACAAAGCAGGAAAGCGCCCAGGCGUCUCGGCUGUCGGGGAUUGGUGUGAGCCUCUCUGGGGGUGGCGGCCACAGCAUGAUGGUGGAGUUGAAGAAGAUCCCUCCGCCCGGCUGGGGUCCAAAGGAGCGGAUCCGCCAAGAGACCUUUGUCACCAAGGUCUUCGUUGGCGUCGCAGACACGCCUGCAGAGCAGAAAAUGCACAUUGUGAUGAAUUCUGGGCCCGGUGGCGUAGGAGACCGGUAUGAAGGCACAGCCACCAUGAUGCUGGAAGCUGCCAGCUGUUUGCUCGACGCUGCUGAUGCAGGCCGUGCCUCCGCUCUUGUGCAGCCAGACAAGUUGGUCCUUCUAUCGCACGCGUCCUCUCUGCAGGGCAGCGAUCAGAGAUCAGCCAACAUAGUUAGCUUCCGUAAAGCAUACUGA